AUGUCACCUGUUGGUAUUGCACAUUUACCUAAUCAACAACACAAGAUUGCUACUAAAAAGGGAACCCAGUUUACAUUGAUUGUAUGCGGUGAAUCAGGUCUUGGUAAAACAACCUUUAUUAAUACUCUCUUUACAACCACUUUAAAGAAUCCGAAAAACCCUUCAUUACGACAUUUGAGUCAAUUAACUAGAACAGUAGAUAUUGAAAUUACAAAAGCAGAACUUGAAGAAAAGAACUUUCAAGUGAAAUUAACAAUCGUGGAUACACCUGGAUUUGGUGAUUAUGUAAAUAAUCAUAAUUGUUGGACACCUGUGGUCGAAUUUAUUGAUGAUCAAUAUGAGAAUUACAUGAGACAAGAACAACAACCUGAUAGAAAAGAAAUUAUCGAUAUGCGAGUACAUGCUUGUCUUUAUUUUCUUCGACCUACAGGACAUGGUUUAAAACCCUUAGAUAUUGAAGCCAUGAAAAGACUUGGGACACGCGUUAAUUUAAUCCCUGUGAUUGCUAAAGCAGAUACAAUGACAUCUAAGGAUGUGUCGAACUUUAAAAAACAGAUCCUUCGUGAUAUUGAAGCGAAUCAUAUUACGAUCUAUAAAUGUCCUGAGGAGGAAGGAGAAGAAGAAGAAGAAAAGGAUGAAGAUUUAGUAAAGUUAAACAAGUCAUUGAUGGCAGCCAUGCCAUUUGCUAUCAUUGCCUCCACAGAGGAUGUCGAGACACCAGACGGACGUAUCGUGAAGGGUAGAAGUUAUGAAUGGGGUGUAGCUGAAGUGGAGAACGAAGAUCAUAAUGAUUUUACUAAACUACGUCAACUCUUGAUUCGUACCCAUCUACUUGACCUCUUGGAGAGCACAGAGCAUGUCUAUUAUGAAAAUUAUCGAAUGAGGGAAAUGGUGAAGCCAGCUGAAAAGCAACGUCGAAACCAACAGAUCUCAAGAAAGUAUGAAAACAGUCAACGUUAUCGUGAAAGAGAAGAGAUGUUGAGAAAGGAAUUUACAGAACAGGUAAAGAAGGAAGAAGCAAGAUUCAGACAAUGGGAGGCUCAAUUGAUGGCAGAAAGAGAUCAACUGAAUAGAGAUUUAGAAAUGAGACAUGCUCAAAUAAAGGCACUUGAAGCUGAAUUAGAGGCUUUGUAUUAUCAAACUGGAAGUAAUAACAGUACUAGUAGUAGUACAAGCUCCAUUGUUCGACGCUAA